AUGACAAAUGGACAUAGUAGUAGAAAUGAGGGUGACGACAACAGUGGUGGUAAUGGUGGUGGUGGUGCAAUGGUUGUGCUAAUAGUGGGAUGUAUUGAUUGGGGUGGAGAGGUCACAAUGGUGGUAAGGCAGUGUGUUAGCAGUUAUGGCGGUGGUGGCGGCAAUGAUGGUGAUGGUGGUAGUUGUGGUUGUGGUGGCAGUAAUGACGGUUGCGGUAAUGGUGGUGGUGCUGACGAUGGUCGUAACAAUGGUGGUAGUGUUGGUGGUGGUAAUGGUGGCAGUGACAGUAAUGAUGAUGGUGACAAUGGUAGUAGUGGUGACAAUGAUGGAGGUUGUGGUUAUGUCAGUGGUGGUGGUGGCAAAAAUGGUGGUUGUAAUGGCAGUGAUGGCGUAAAGGUAGUAUUUGUAGUGGUAGGUGGUAGCGUUUACUUUACUAAGGGAUAA